CUCACUGAAGCUGUUUUAUUCCCGCACUGUAGAUUUUCCACCAAACUGGACUGGACCGACUCUCACAAGUUUUUAUUACAAUUCAACAUUUCCAGACAUUCCCAGCUGUUCCCAGUCGGAUCCCGUCUCAUUCACUGCAUUACAUUUUUUUUUUUUAUCUUAAUUUUUUGGUCACUUUUUUUUUCUCCUUCUACUCCGGUUGGAUUUACAAAGGGCGUGUUUGGGGGCGAUCUGUACCGGGAGUUUCAUCUCCUGUACUUGCGCGACUCCUGAGGAAUGACAGCAACUGGAAAGGGACUGCGAUCCGCCUGAAUGGAAACAAUGGAUUAUAAAGAGCUUGGACAUAAUUUCGAGCAGAAGCUGACACUAACAGACAAAUCUCUGCCUCUGCAGCCAGAGUCCAUCCAGAAUGGGGACAAGUCUUCGGGGAAGGACCCUCUGACUUCUGACGACUCAGCCAUCGCAGACCUCUCUCCUAAAACAGACUCCAGCCCCCAAACAGAGACCCCCACCAAUACAGAUGCCUCCUCCAAGACAGAUGUCAGGCCAUCCACCCCGGGCAGCAGCAGCAGCCCUCAGCCCAAGAAAGAUUCGAUGAGUUCAGAGCAACGGCAGAAACUUGCCAAGGAGCGGAGAGAGGAAAGAGCUCGAUAUAUCGCGGCGAAGAAAGCCCAGUGGCUGGAGAAGGAGGACAAAGCCCGACGUCUGAGGGAGAGCCAGCUGGAGGAUCGCAGAAAGAAGCUGGAGGAGCAGAGGCUGAAGGCUGAGAAACGCCGAGCUCUGCUGGAGGAGAAACAGAGACAGAAACUAGAAAAGAACAAGGAGAGAUACGAAGCAGCUAUCAAGAGGUCGACGAAGAAGACGUGGGCCGAGAUCCGCCAGCAGAGGUGGUCCUGGGCGGGCGGACUUAACCAGACCUCCCGCAGAGAAAGCAGAUGCUCGGCCUCCACGGUCAACUUGCCGAGACAGGUGGACCCUGUCAUUAACAACAGGCUGUCCAAGUCCUCUGCCACGCUCUGGAACUCCCCCAACAGAACCCGCAGCCUGCGUCUGAGCCCGUGGGAGAGCCGGAUCGUGGAGCGGCUCAUGACGCCUACGCUGUCCUUCUUGGCCCGCAGUCGCAGUGCCGCCACCCUCCUCAACAACAGCGACUCUUACUCUCACCACUGCUCCCGUUCAGCCUCUGCCAGCCCGCUGAACGCCUGCUCCCAUCACCACCCGCACGCCGCUGAGCGCUGGAGGGUCUCCUCCGCCAGCACGCCGGACAUCACCCAGCGUCAGCGCCGACGAAACUCCACACCGGUGGACAAAAAGAAGAAAGAGAAGAAAGACAAGGAGAGGGAGAAUGAAAAAGAGAAGAACGCUAUCACAAAAGAGAAAGUGCAGAAGAAGAGACAGACGACAUCACCCGCCACCACGACCCAGAGAUCCAGGCCAGAGACCAGCACCCCGAAGCCCAAAAACAGACCUCCUUCACCCGCCGCCCCCAAAAGUCGGCCCUUGUCCCCGUUGGUGCCUGCGGCGGCCUCCAAGACCCCCGUGGGCAAGAAGACACCUCCUCCUGGCACCAAGACUCGACCCAAACGAGCCCAGACGCCCGCCAGGGUACAGCCCCAGACGGUCACUGCGGUCGCCGUGGAAACAGGCCACGAAUCCCAGCAGCCUGACACGCCAGAGGAGAAAAAGAACUCCAGUAAUGUUCCUGCCAUCGUGGUGUCCUCUGCACCGGUCACACCUCCUUCCCUCACUCUACCAGAUGUAUCAGCAGCCUCUCCAGCUGUGCCAAACAAAGAGCCGGUUGCCUCAGCUGCUUCUCCUGCUGCAGCCUCCACCAGUAAUCCCGCUCCUUCUGCUACACCCGCAGCCGCCACCGCCGCUGCUGCCUCCACCCCGGCAGCACCUACCAGCAGGCCAUCAGCCGGCACCAACAACCCGGAGGAGGCUGCUCGUGUCCUGGCAGAGAAACGCAGACAAGCCAGAGAGCAGCGGGAGAGAGAGGAGCAGGAGCGUCUGGAGCAGGAGCAGAAGAACAAGAUCCUCCGGGAGGAGGCGAUGGCCCGGGAGGCAGAGGAGAGGAAGCGCAGGGAGGAGGAGGCUCAAUUCAUGGCUGAGCAGCAGCGUCUAAGGGACGAAGCCCAGCGAGCUCAGGAGGAGAAGGAGGCACAGGAGAGAGCCAAAGCCGAACAGGAGGAGAACGAGAGGCUGCAGAGACAGAGGGAGGAGGCUGAAGCCAAAGCCCGCGAGGAGGCCGAGCGUCAGCGCCAAGAGAGGGAGAAACACUUCCAGAAAGAGGAGAAGGAGCGGCUGGAGAGGAAGAAGCGCCUUGAGGAGAUCAUGAAGAGGACUCGGAAAAGUGAUGCAGGAGAUAAGAAGGACGUCAAAGCGUCUCCACAGGUCAACGGCAAGGACACCGAGCUCAGUAAGGCAGCUGGAAACCUGCAGAGUCCCGGCACAGCAGUCCUCAGCCCGUCACAAAGCGUGUCCGCUCCUGUUGUGAACGGUGUGCAGCCCGCCGCUCACCAGAACGGCGUCUCAGCCAACGGAGAGGCGGCUGACUUCGAGGAGAUAAUCCAGCUAAACAACGGCGGAAACCCGGCGCAGACUCAGAGUGGGCUGGUGAGCGAGCCGAUCCUGGCGUUUGAAGGUGGAGAGCCGUUCCUGAUGAAGACAGGCCCUAUGAAGCCUCAGCAUGUCGCAGAGGUCCUGUGAGUCCCCACACAUCCAUGGAGACGCGCCUUAUGUCUCAGCUUGAGCUAUGAGAUUCAUGCCACACCACAGCGGCUUAUAAGAAUAGUGUGCCAAACAAACAAUGAACUACGCUGAACUCACAUCUACAGUAUCUGCCACAGAGGACAAAGACGAGGAGGAGCGAAACUCAGCCUGACGGGAAAAAAAUUAAAUAAAACCUCAUCUGAAAUAUACAAAAAAAAGAAAAAACGCAACAACAAGUAUUCUCUGUCUUCACCGCGUGUUAUGGUGCAGCAUUUGUCAAGUUUUAUUGAAAUGUCACAUACAGAUUUUAUGGUGCACCUUAAAGAUGACUGACUGUGUAACAAAUUUUAGAAAAUACAGUAUAAGACCCUGGAAAUACAUAAUAUUUGACAAUGGUUGUUAUUAUUACCGUCGUUACGAUAUUGUUAUUGUUAUCUUAAGUUGAACAGUGUGUGUGUGUUUGUUGUUUUUGUCUUGAAUUAUUGAGUUAUUUAACAUGGGGAGCAUUGUAAGGACUGGCCACAGACAGUGUAUGUAAAUGUAUAAUGAGCCUGGCUGCCUCGGCCUCCUGUUACAGGGGAUCUGUGAAAUAAAGCUUUAUGAAAGGGA